AUGGUGAAUCCUGGGACAAUAACAAGUGUCGAGUUGGACGAAGAAAAAAGGUUCAAAUUCUUAUUCAUUGCUUUAGGGGCUUGCAUUGAAGGGUUUAGGGCAAUGAGAAAGGUAAUAGUUGUUGAUGCAACACAUCUGAAGACUAUGUAUGGUGGUAUGUUGGUUUUCGCAACAGCUCAGGAUCCUAAUCAUCACCAUUACCCCAUUGCGUUUGGUGUGAUUGAUACUGAGAAUCAUGUUAGUUGGCCAUGGUUUUUCAACAAGCUGAAAACCGUCGUACCGGAUGAUCCUGAAUUGGUUUUUAUAAGUGACAGGCAUAAAAGCAUAAUAUAUGCCGUCUCGGAGGUGUACCCAAGUGCAAGGCAUGCUCACUGUAUAUAUCAUUUAAGUAAAAACCUCAGAGAAUAUGUCAAGACCGACAAGGAUAUAGCUUCAGAUAAAUUCAAGGAGUGCGCUCAUAUUUAUACUAAGAAUGAUUUCGAUAGAGAGUUUAUGGAUUUUAGAAGGAGGUUUCCUAAUGCCGCUAAAUAUUUAGAUGAAAAGAUUGGGUUGGAUAAAUGGGCAAGAUGCCAUUUUGAAGGAGAUAAGUACAACAUUGACACAAGCAACGCAGCCGAAUCAAUGAACAGUGUGUUUGUUGAAGCAAGGAAGACCCAUUUGUUGCCUAUGAUUGAUACUAUUAUUGAGAAAUUUUCUGAAUGGUUCAACAAACAUAGGAAAGAUUCUGCUGGUGCAUCAAACACAAGGAAACUGGUGCCGGUUGUGGAGAAUGAAUUGCAUGACCGUUGUGAAAUUGCAGUACGUUUAACAGUGAUUGAGUUAAACAUCUACCACCUUGAGUACAACGUCAUAGGUCUGGAUGGGAAGACUUAUUUGGUGGAUUUGAAAAUGAAAAGUUGUUCUUGCAGAUGUUUUGAUAUCGACAAGUACCCAUGUGUCCAUGCCAUGGCCGCGCUCAGAAAUCUCAUGAGGAGAGAAGUAAGAAGAGUGCAUAUCGAAAUGCAUGAUCUCUGCUCAAUAUAUUACUUGAUUGAGACGUGGGCAUUGGCAUAUUACAGAACAAUUUAUGUUGUGCCCCAUGAGUCUGACUGGAAUGUUCCUGCUGCAAUUCGACAAUUAAUGGCUAAGCCGCCAGAGUACACUAAAACUGGUGGUGGAAGAACACAAGAAAAGAAGUUCCGUUCUAUUGCGGAACGUCGUCGUAAGAGGAGGAGGCAAAUGAAGUUUAAACCUGGCAUAAAUUUGGAAAAGUUUCUGCAGCCUCCAAAUCUUGCUUAA